AUGGUUAGCACUUUAGAUCAGUUCGUGGAAAGGGAAAUUUAUGUGAUUUCAACAGAUGGAAGGCAAUAUCAAGGAAUAUUGAAAGGUUUUGAUCAAGCUGUGAAUCUGAUUGUAAGCCAAUGCAAAUUGAUAUCGUGGAAUCAAGAUUGCCCAAGAGAUGAAAUUGAUUGCCAAAUUAUGAUAAUUAGAGGAGAUACAGUGGUGCUAUUAGGAUUAAAAGACCCUGCUAUGGAGUUGCCAGACAUUGCAGACCCUAUUCCACAAAUAAUUCACACUUAA